AUGGCAUCCGGAAUUAAAAUGUGUUUAGGAUCACGUGCCGCUUGUUUGAUGUUUGGAUGGGCUUCUGAGGGGAAACAAAUCGCACAGGAUCAAUCUGAUGUCGAAAACUAUUUCCCUUUACUCUAUAUCACACCGG